GAAAUGAAAGACAUCUCAUUGUCUCGUGAAGAGACAUCUCAUUGGUGCAUGAAAAGACAUCUCAUUGGCUCUAAAGACAAGGAAUUUUGAAUAAGGGACUAGUCUUGCGAAAUACGUGAUAACAAGAAAAUGUGUCCCGUUGCGCAGACUCUACAAUUUGCACUAUUUGUAAAGUCUACACGCAGGCUAGCUAACCGCACUGUCUGUGGUUCUUGGCUAACAGAUAAGAAGUUUUGUAGGAUUUUUCGUAUCUAUCAGACAAUAAACCGACUUGCUGAAUUGUCUGAAAGCCUAACUGAGAAUGCAAUGUUCUGAGCUGCAUUGCGUAUUAAUUGAUUCAGCUUUCCAUGUAUGCAGAAUUCACUUUACACCUUACGUCAUUCGAGACCACAAUCGUUUGCAUGAUAUCAAACGUCAACCCGCUUGAUGAAUUUAUGGUCAUGAAUAAUUAAUUUCUACGAGCACCUAUAAGAAAUUUGUUGUCCAAUUACAGCAAAACGACUGGUAAAUAUUAGUCCACGGCUUUCAAGAAGUUUCGUUGCCUAUCAUGGAAACCUUUUACAGCGUAAAGUAUUCCAUUUUAUUGUGAAUUGAACCGUUUUAUCAUAUCUGCUUCAAUCUCAAUCGACAUCUAUAUUUCGCAGCCUUGUAUUAGCAGUUGAUUGAAUCAGACGGUCAAGAACUGAAGAUGUCGAAAGUGGCCAAAGAUCCAAUUAAGAAAAAUUCAGGGAAAAUGGAGUCUGACCUUGAAUUGCAAGACUUAUCCGAUGACCUUUACGCAGAUGAGAUGAUAGAGUUGGAAUACAUGCUUGCAAAGAUAGAACAAGAUAAAAAGAUUGGGAAAAAAAAGGCUGCGCCUGUGAAAGAGGAUGAUCCUAUCAAAGAAAGUGGCAGAAAGAAAUUAGCAGCUGUUGUUAUUGCACUUGGAAUCGAGGCCGAACUGCCAGCUGAAUUCUAUGAGAAGUUAUUGGCAUCAAGAAGAGCCAAAAUGUUGAUUAGGACGAUUACAGACAGUAAAGAGGCCAAAGAUUUGCUGAGCAAAAUGUCGAGUUAUUAGAACAAGACUCAUUUAUACGAGAUUUGAUUGAAUUUAUAAUGACACUGUCAUCCUUUUCAUGGGAUGGUACCAGGAACUGCGGAUUAUAUUAAGAAUUGAGAAGGGACUGAAAUGUUUGGGGGCUUAAAAUGCAAAACAUCUGGAGCAAGAUUAUUUUCUAUUGUUUCAAGUACAGUUUUGAAAAUUGUUGGGGAUUCUCCCCAAUAAGACCCUCCCGCUUUUCCGGUCCCUCUACGAUGGCAGGUACUGUUUGGCUGCAUAGAGGAUCAAAACCAUCCUAACAACAAGAAUUAAUGGAGUAGGAUUCUUGUAUAAUAAUGUAAAUAUUGCUUGCUAUUUGUUCUUCGUAGCAUAGGUGUUUCAAUAACUAGAGGAACGUUUAGUCAAAAUUAGACUUUUUAGCGAAAAUUUUCAUUCCCAAAACAUAUAGCAUAACCAUCCAUUUAACGCCUCAGGCGUGAGUAAAACCCUUGUUUCUCAACGGAGGGGGCUUGAAAAAGAGGGGGCGUUAUAAAGGGAGGGCCGAUGAGACAGUGAAGAACGUUUAGCUUUUAUCGUUGUUAAUUAGAAAGGUCUUAUUGGAAAUUCUAGUAUUGCAUUUACAAGUAAGAAAGCAAGUAGAGGUUUUGACAGAUCUUGACUUUUUUUCUGUUCUGCUUCUUUUGAAAGUAAUAAGCCUUAUAUGGUGUACUAUAAAGGCCCUUUUAAUUUUCGAAAUUUUCUAAACGACGGGAGGUUUUGGAUAGGUAAUUGAGAGCAGAGAAAUAGGAUAUUGUACUUCACUGAUCGCUUAUAGAAUUUGUUUUAAUUGUUCGAUGAAAGUUAUACAAAUUGUUA